AUGCGCAACCCAGCGGAACUGACGGAUCACAAUCUUCCAGCACAACGACACCCGAAUCUCCACCUCACCCCGGAAGAGAAGCGCGUUUUCUUCCAGCUUUUUCAGGCUGCUGAUACCACUAACCUUGGCGUCAUCACUGGUGAAAUUGCCGUUCCAUUCUUUGAGAAGACUCACCUAUCCCCGGAUACCCUCGGCCUGAUAUGGCAAAUUGCGGAUAAAGAGAACAGGGGUCUCCUAACCCCGUCUGGCUUCGGUAUUGUUCUGCGCUUAAUUGGACAUGCUCAAGCUGGCCGUGCACCCUCCGACGAAUUGGCUUUGCAAUCUGGCCCUCUGCCUCGUUUUGACGGAAUUGUGGUUGACACAACGGCAAGCAUCCCGGAAUCAGGAGCCAAAAGCCCUCCACCUGGAGCCAAUGGACCUAUUCGUGUUCCUCCACUUCAGCCGGAUGACGCUAACAAAUUCGUUUCGCUGUUCGAGAAGUCGGACGUCAAGAAUGGGAUGAUCUCAGGGGAAAUCGCAAAACAGAUCUUCGAACGCGCCCGGCUCCCAAAUGAGGUUUUGGGUCGUAUCUGGUUUUUGGCUGACACCAAGCAGCGAGGUGCCUUGGAUGCCACCGAAUUCACGAUUGCCAUGCAUCUCCUGACGUCAUAUAAAUCCGGUGCCUUGCGCAACAUUCCAGCGACACUCCCGCCUGGUUUGUAUGAGGCGGCAGCUCGAAGGGGACCCGCACGGGCGUCUUUCACGUCGAGACCCGAUGUACCCCCCGUCCCGGCCAUGCCCCAGCAAUUUACUGGUCCUCAGCGAACUGCAAGCCCUCUGAGCCAAGCCAAUCGCUCAGCCUUUGGCUCUCUUUCCGCCCAGGCCACCGGGAAUGACUGGUUGAUUACCCCGCAAGAGAAGGCCCAGUUUGAUAGCAUUUUUGAGACUGUUGAUACAGCCAAGUUAGGACUCAUUACCGGAGACCAAGCUGUCGCUUUCUUCAUGAAGGCCCAGCUUCCUGAAGAAACGCUUGCUCAAAUCUGGGACCUUGCGGAUAUCGACGCAGACGGCCAGCUAAGCCGGGAAGAAUUUGCUGUGGCUAUGUACUUGGUGAGAAUGCAGCGUAGCGGCAAGGAGCCGCUCCCACAAGUAGUCCCGCGCGCGCUCAUCCCGCCCAACAUGCGUCGCCAAGUCCCCGCACCAAUGGCAGUCCCCACUCCUCCCCCGGCCCCCGCCCCCGCUGUGCGGUCAGCUGCAGAUGAUCUGUUCGGUCUCGACUCACCCGCGCCGCCAUUCACCCAGCCCCAGAUACCUCAGUCUACUGGAGGCUCCAAUAAUGCUUUCCAAACCCCAGGCUCGCCUUCCUCUAGGGCAUCUCCUCAGACAGCAUCGCACACCUUCAAGCCUUUUGUUCCAACUUCUACCUUCGGCCAGAGCUUGCAGCCACAGAUCACUGGUGCAUCAGCGGGACCUCCGACAGCGGUUCGCUCCCCCCCGCCUCCAUCAGAUGAUCUCCUUGGUGACAAUGAUCCUGAAGAAUCAAACAAAUUGACGAAUGAGACUACGGAACUCGCGAACUUGUCCAACCAAAUCGGUUCUCUGGCCAAGGAAAUGCAUACCGUGCAGGAGAAGAGGACCACUGCCGAACAAAAUAUUACGCAAACUUCGCAACAAAAACGUGACUUUGAGGCACGUCUUGCCCAAGCACGGUCAAUGUAUGAGCAAGAGGUUACCAAUUUCAAGGCACUUGAGGAGCGCCUCAAGUCAUCUAAGGCAGAGACGCAGAAACUACAACAGCAAUACGCAUUGCUGGAAGCCACCCGCCAGGAUCUGCAAAACCAAUACGCGCAAGUUUCGACAGCCUUGGCUACCGAUGAGCAGGAGAAUGCCAGCCUGAAAGAGAAGAUCCGCCAGGCCAAUGCCGAAGUUGCCCAGCUUAAGCCGACGCUAGAGAAGGCGCGAUCUAGUGCGCGCCAACAGAAGGGCCUUGUUGCCAUUAACAAAAAGCAAUUAGUUACUGUCGAAGGCGAACGGGACAAGCUCCAGGGUGAAAUUGACGGUCUGGCUAGUGAGACUCCACAGUAUUCCGAGGAGUCUGCGACACCGGCUGGCAGUGUGCCCGAGGUCAUAAGCCCUGCUGCCUCUACGGCAAGCCAAAACACAAACCCUUUCUUCCGUCGAACAGGCAGCUCGAGUGAACAAGCUCGAUCCCCUGAUGUCUCGAAUGAUCAGCAGAGAGCAUUUGACAGUCUCUUCGGACAGUCAUUCGCAGCUGCCCCUGCUGCCGGACCACCACCCACUUCGUUCCGCGCCGAGUCGCCACAAGUUGCGGUCACAUCUCCUGUUACAUCUGCUGUCACGACCCCAUCAGUCUCUCCUCCCCCUGGCUCUUUGCCUGGCGCAUUCCCUGCUGGGCCCUUCUCUGAGCCACCGCCUCCGAGCCAGUCCCGACAACUGACUCCGAACUUCCUGCAGUUCAACGAUAAUCAGUCCGUAACUUCUUCUACUAUGGUUUCGCCUCCUGCUAGUCGAUUCGGCGGCCCUGAGCCCUCUGGAUUCGAUGCACUUUCUCAGGCGGCUACCAGUGACUAUGGACCUACAUCAGUGGCGGAAUCUAGCGACUACAGUCGUGCACUAACCUCGACUAUUGGAGGUACCCUGGCACGUUCUCCAUUUGAGGAAGAAGGACAGGAUGCCUCGGCCAAGUUCCCCGAGGUCCCAGCCGCAACUGCUCAGCAGCCGGAACCUGUGACAUCCCCUAUUGUCAAUGAGAGCCAGGUCGAAGACAACAAAGACUUGAGCUUCGACGAGCUGUUUGGUAGCAAGGCACACAAACGGUCGGAAUCUCAGCAAGGUAACGAUUUCGAGGAGGCAUUUGCUUCUAUGAAGCCUGUAGCUGGAGCUGGGCAGACAAAUGGUGCUACAUCAGCUGCUGCAUCCGAAUUCCCCCCAAUUCAAGAGCUACACCACGACGAAGAUGAAGAUGAGAGCUCUGACGACGAGGGUGCGUUUGGAUUCGAUGACAAUUUCACACCUCCCGCGCCAAAUGCCAAAAAGGAGACCCAGCAGGAUUCCAUCGACGCUGCCCAAUUGGCUGCUUUCCCUGUCCCGGGAAACUCAAACAAACCCCCGUCCCCUGGGGCACAACAAAGCCCUCCAGGAUAUGAAGCCUCCAAAGAAGAUAACCUUCAUCUUCCUCCUAAAUUUGAUGGCCUUUUGCCGGAGCGUGCUGAUCCUACCGUCGCACCGGAUGCGCCUCAUUCAGUGGAGCACACCACUGGGGCGCCAGUUGUAAGCAAUGAGACCCAACGGGAUUCUCUCUCGGAUGCUGCCAUCCCUUCUGGUGGAGCGAAGGUGGGAGGACCUGAUUUUGAGGCAGCUUUCGCGGGAAUGAACCUUGCACCCGCAGCCGAAGCAGAUGACGAUGACGACGACGAGCCACAGAGCUACGAAGCCAAGAACACAACUGACUUUGAUUUCUCUUUCGACUCUCCGUCCCAGAAGCAGCAGGCUGUCUCCGGUGCCGAUGCUUCUCAAUCUAACUCUCAGUUCUUUGCUUUCGACAACAACGUCCAUGCAGCUGCCGCCCCGCCUGUCGGAUCACCUAAGGAGGGAGAACCAAAGCCGGCUUCCAACGAAUGGGAUGCGCUCUUUGCGCCUCUUGAUAACUCCAAGCCCCACACUGGCGAAGACUCGAACGGAGCGACAUCGAAGCAGCCUGGAUGGGCUCUGGACAACGACACUGGUGAAGAUGACCUGAUCCUUAAGCGGUUGACCGGUAUGGGCUUCACACGGGAUGACUCCUUAGAUGCCUUGGAGAAGUUUGACUACAACCUUGACAAGGCUGCGGACUACCUGACUUCAAAGACUUGA